CCACCACCGCCCGCGCCGCACCCUUCCCGAGCCGAGCCACCCCGGCCAAGUCCCAGCACGCGCUCAGCCGACUUCCAGCUCAGCUAGAUCCUCGCGAGAUCCUCCCCCUGCUCCCGCCACGCCCCACACCAAAUCCUAUAAGUACUCUCACGUUCCCACUCGCCAAGAACCAACGAGCAAAGCCAAGAGCCCAUCGCCACCAAGAUCCUAGCGAGCAAUCGAUCGAUACUUGAGGCAGCCGGCGGUCGAUGGACUUCGACGAGCAGGAGGGGGGGUACGCGACGGUGAUGUCGGCGCCGCCGAAGCGUCCCGCGGGGCGGACCAAGUUCCGGGAGACGCGGCACCCGGUGUACCGCGGCGUGCGGCGGCGCGGGCCCGCGGGGCGGUGGGUCUGCGAGGUGCGGGAGCCCAACAAGAAGUCGCGCAUCUGGCUGGGCACCUUCGCCACCGCCGAGGCCGCGGCGCGCGCCCACGACGUCGCCGCGCUCGCGCUCCGGGGACGCGCGGCGUGCCUCAACUUCGCCGACUCGGCGCGCCUGCUCCGCGUCGACCCGGCCACGCUCGCCACGCCAGAGGACAUCCGGCGCGCCGCCAUAGAGCUCGCUGAGGCGUCCGGCGCGCACGACGCCGCCGCGGCCGCCGCCUCCUCCUCGUCCGCCGUCGACGCGGCGCCCCCGACGAUGGCGCACCAGGAGGAGCCGGCGCCGUACGACUACGCAAUGUACUACGGUAACAUGGACUUCGACCAGCCAUAUUACUACGACGGCGUUGGCGGCGGCGGCAACGGCGGCGGCGGCGACUGGCAGAACAGCUGGCAUAUGGACGGGGACGACGACGGCGGCGGCAGCGACAUGACACUGUGGAGCUACUGAGUCCAAACCAUAGGAUGUUGAAACGGAGAAGCUGAGUUUUGGAGGGAGCUACAAUUUAAUUCAAGUUCAAGUUUGUAAACGAUCGAAGGGUGAAGGGUAUGCAAAAAAGCAUUUUGCCCUUUUCCUUAAAAAAUAAAAAGACCAACUCUGCUAAA